AUGUCGUCUUCGUCAUCAUCACCUCUUCUCUCUACUGCUCGCUCCUCCAUACUCAAGGCAGCGUCGAUGCUGUCCUACCACGCCUACACCAUUUUCCUCUUCUCCAAGUCGGACAUUAAGACGACUUUGAUCCCUGUGAGCUUCUUUGCACUGGGAGCCGCCCCCCUCUCUCCGACGCGCAGUCUCUCCCAUGCUCUCCAGUCCAUAUUAUGGAUCUACCUCCACGUUUUCCACUUCAACCUCUGCAACCAAGUCCGCGAUCCGAUGGAAGACAAGCGGAAUAAGCCUUGGCGGCCUUUGCCGUCGGGACGUAUCACCCUGGCCAACGCCAUCCGACUCAAGCGGAUAGCUAUUACCGCUUGCCUUCUCCUCUCCCUCUGCUACAGCCCAAUCGUGUUUUACUCAAGCGCGUUCUUCGCUGCACUCGUACCCAUGUACCAUGAAUUACACGGCGACCAACACUGGCUCUCGAAGAACCUCAUGAACGCUGUGGGGUAUGCGUGCUUUGCUAUUGGUUCAACGUUGAUCGCAUCCGCUGAUCGAUACAAGCUCGACUUUGUUAGCUCAUUAUCCAUUUUUGUCAUUUCGUCCAUUCUGGCCACAACGAUCCAAGCUCAAGAUUUCCAAGACGUCGAAGGCGACGCGGAGGUCGGACGGAAAACGCUGCCUAUCGUCUUCCCAAACCUGUCACGCUACACUCCUCUAAUAUCUCUAUUGCUGUGGUCCCUGUACCUCACUAUCAUCUGGGAAAUCAGCCUUCCGUCCAGCAUAGCGUUUACCUGCCUUGCCCUAAUCGUCGGGGUACGGUAUUACUUCUGGCGAUCGGUCAAGGACGACGAAUGGUCGUAUUUUUUGUAUAACAUUUGGCUUGCUAUUGCGUUCUCGAUGCCAGGAUACUGGCGCAUGUACAAGGAAUCUGCCGCCCUCUAA